CUACAAAGAACUCACACUUUGAAGAUGUCACGGAUCUGGUUUCUAUGGGCUGCUGUUUGGGCUCUCCUGGCUACUUCUUCAGCUCAGCGCAGGUUCAGUGGCCGGAACAACAGAUGGGGACAUAAUGGAAGCCGGAGAUACUCUGCGUACAAGACGUGGAAUUCCAGUCUUUACCCCCGGUGGAGAGAAGGAGAUCCCAGGCAGGGAAAUUGCUGGCGAGGUGGCAAUGUCACAUUUGAUAUCGGCAACGAUGCCCCGACCUUAACAAGUGCCAAAGUCACAUUCAGGAUUACUUUGCGCUUUCCCAGUAACCAAACUGCGCUGCCAGAUGGACGUGUGGUAUGGAGCCAGAACUGCAUCAUAAAUGGCACCCGUAUGAGAAAAGGGGAUCCUGUUUUCCCAGACCAGGAGGACGAUGCUUCCGAUUAUGUAUUUCCCGAUGGACAACCCUUCUCCCCAAGCGAUCGCCGGCCUGGCAAGUUUGUUUUUGUCUGGCAGACAUGGGGGCAAUACUGGCAAGUGGUAGAUGGUCCCGCCUCCUCAUUGACCAUUGAAACAGCUGAUAUUGCUUUAGGCUCCUAUACCAUGAAUGUGGCAAUCUAUCAUUACCGGGGACGUGAGAAAUUCAUUCCUAUCGGUGGUGCCUCAUCUCAGUUCAGCAUCACUGACCAGAUCCCUUUCCAAGUGAACAUUGCACAACUUCUUGAUACCGAUGGGACAGACAGUCGCUUUGUGCGAAACCGAGCCAUCUCCUUUGCUGUGCAGCUCCAUGAUCCUAGUCAAUACCUCCAUGAUGCUGACAUCUCCUACUCCUGGGAUUUUGGUGACCAGAGCGGGACCCUGAUUUCUCGAUCAACCAUGGUCACUCACACCUACCUUUCCGCUGGUACCUUCAGCCCUCGCGUGGUGGUUCAGGCUGCCAUUCCUGUGGCCUCAUGUGGAGGCAGUACUUCGGAAGACCCAUUCAUCAUGCCCACAACCCUCAUGACAACCACUACUCCGAGUGGAACUACGGUUCAAGCUUCCAGUGCGUUUUCCACUAUAAAUAGCAUCACUGGGGCAAGCACUGAAGAGGCUGUGACUUCUGUCCGGGCUUCUGCGACUUCAAUCAUUUCCACUGUACCGCCAACAGUAACUGAAGAGGCAACAUCUGUAGCCACAGUUCCUGUUGCAAAUAUCAGUGCUGGGCCUGGAGAAACAGAUUUAAUGGCUGCUUCUGUGGAACCUACAGUUGUUGCAUCAUCUGAUGCCACUGAAAACAGUGAGGGUGUGACUGUUGCCAUGUCUGCAUCUCUCCCAAAUACCAUGGCAUCUACCACAACAUCUGAAUCUCUACCAGGCUCUGUGGCUGCAGGUUCUUCAUCUACAAUAGCACCUGAGAAUGACCCAGGCACACCAGAACCCACUGUUUUGUCCCCCGUUGCAUCUACAAUUGUCCUUUCAGAGGUAGCAAAUACUAUUUUUGGAAUAUUUUUUUUCCCCCCAAUAGAUAACUCUGAAGAUACAGCAGCCAUCAAUCCGGCGAGUUCAGUUAUGCCUGCCACAGGAACAGUCGCGGGAGAUGUGGUGCAGCUCCUGGUGAAACGCCAGGCACCCAAUGGAUGCCUCCUCUAUCGUUAUGGAACCUUUGCCACUAAUCUGGACAUCAUCCAGGGCAUAGAGAGUGUGGAAAUUGUGCAGGUGAUGCCACUGACGCCCGCUAUUGCUGAUAAUGCGGUAGAUCUCACUGUGACCUGCCAGGGAAGCCUCCCUGAAGAAGUCUGCACAACCAUUUCAGAUCCUGAUUGUGUGAUAGUCCAGGAGAGUGUGUGCAAUCCUGUUCAGCCAAGCCCAGAUUGCCAGUUUGUUUUGCGCCAGGCCUUCAACCAAUCUGGCCUCUACUGCGUCAACAUCUCAUUGGCUGAUGCCAACACCUUGGCUGUUGCCAGCACCCAAGUCAGCGUUCAGACAGAAAGAAAUCAAGCUUCAGCCCAAAUAACAUUUGUAGUUGGAGCACUGCUGGUUAUUGCUGCCAUGGGAGCUGCUAUCUAUACCUAUAGGCAUUUGAGACACAUCCCUCUACGGGCCAUGAUGUCUGCUGGCACUUCUCCAAGGAACUGGUUUCCUGACCGCACAGCUGUACGCCUCUUCCUUGGCCAGGCGUUUGGCCGGAGGGCCAGUGGGGAAAGCAGCCCCUUGCUCAGUGGUAACGUCAUCUAAAUGGAAGUCAACAAGCCUGGCAAACUGAAAACUGAACAUAUUGAGCCCUGAUUCAGAAAGGAAAUCAAGCCCCCUCUAUUUCCCUUAAGCUGAUGCUCUUCUGAUGCCAGCUGAGUAAACGUCUCAGCCACUUUGAGGUGCCAUCUCAGUGCCUGCCUGGGUGGGGAGAUACAGACAGCACCGAAGUGUAGUCAUUGUUAGAGCACCACAAUUGCAUUCAGCCUGUGCCAUGCUGGUCCUAGGGAAGGAAAAUGGUAGCCAAGACAGCUGUUCCUUCGGCUUUCUGACCUACUUCGUUGGGUUGAGGAGAAAAACAGCAAUGUAGUUUUGGGAUUGUUCAUUUUUAAAUUAACGUCUUACAAUUGGCCACAUCUUCUGACAAAUGGUAAGAGGGUUAACCCUGUUCACCAGUUACUGGUCAUGUUAUUAAAUAGCCUCUCCCACACAUGAGGCUGUGUUAAAACUCUGUCUCCAUUUUAUCUUCUAUGCCUCAGAACUAACUGGGGGAGUGAGUCCUGGCAAGAAAGACAUGAGAGAGAAUAAGAUCAUCUCUACCUUGUCUGCAGUGGCAUGAGCACCAAUCAGCAACUGCAGACUUUUAUUUUUUCCAAAAAAAAUGGAAAAAAAGGAACCAGCAGCACAAAGUGACAGCAUUCUAUCAUGUUUCAAAUGGCUCACAUCUGCUUCUAAGACAUCCUUAGUAGCACAUUGCUGUUAUGCAUAAGCAUUUCCCAGGGAAGAGGCACUUAAGUUUAAUCCAUGUCAUGCAAACUCAAGAGAGAACCAACCAGAUGCAGGCUGGUAUCAUUUAAGACAAUGGAGCAUCUCUGUAUUUUUUUAAAUUUUUGUCUGUCCAUCUUUUCUUUAAAAAAAAAACACAAUAUCUACUUUA